CUUUUCGCAUCAUCUGUUGUCUGCUUUAAAGAUGUUAAGUGGUAAAGUACUCAAUUGUUUAGUAUCAAUGUUCACUAGACGUACUUAUAUAACCUUUGUUGCAUAACAAAAUGACAAUACAUACAAUUUUCCUUUUUACUAUAUACUAUUUAAAUCUUUUUUGAUGAACAAGUAAGAACAAUAAAGGGUGAGGUUCUUGAGUCGUGCAAAUUGGAGAAGUGAACAAACAAAAAGACAAAGUCCAACGUCAGAUUAUUAACCCUGAAUUUUUUUUUUUUCUUUUGGUUAAAUCUUUGAUGAUGGAAGGGAAGAAUUAAUUUGAGAGAUACCCUUUUCUCUUCAUCUUCUCAUAAUCUCAUCCACAUCUAUCUUCUCUUCUUCUCUCUCUUAUAAAACUCUCUCUCACACACACACACAGUACUGUAGGAAGAGGGUCUGGCUUUCUUUUGUUUUCAUCUGUGUGGCUUCUACUGCAGCUUCAUGGGGUGCUAAGUGUUAACAGCUAUCAGCCAUCUUUUCUUUUUUCCUAUUCUUUUUUUUUUUUUAUAUUUUGUUGGUUGCCCAAAUAAGAAGAGAGGUUGUGUGACACUGCAAAGAUUCACUGACCAACUUUCAUCUUUUGUAGUCUUUCUUGCUUUCUGAUUUCAACUCUUAACAAGAAAAAAGUUUGCAUCUUUUCUUUUUGCCAUUAAUAGCUUAGGGUUUUCAAGGAGAUGAGAAAGCAGCUGGAAACUGAAAGCAGCCAUGAAAAAAAAGCUGCCCACUUUCUAUGUUGUUGUUGCCUUUGUGAAGAGGAGCUCAAGAAUUUAUUUAGUCUUCAUGAAUAAUUAGAUAGCUGAACUGUUUUCAUCAACUUUCAUCAAAUUUAUUUCUGAAAAAGUUGAUCAUCAUCAUCAUCUCAGUGGUUCAUGAGUGAAUGAAUUAUCCUAGCUGAGAAUUUUAUAUCAUAUAUUAAUCAAAAUCUUUCAAUUACUUAAUUUCUUCAUUGCAAGAUCUUUGAGGUUGAUCAAUUUUUUGGAUGAUGAUGAUGAAUAAGGCAGCUGGUAUUCAGCUGGUAGAUGAUGACAUGUCAAAUUUGACAUCUGCAUCUAAUGAAGCCAGCAAUUGUUCUGGAAGCAACAGGAUUGAUCUCGGUGCUACUACUCAAACUCAACCGGCUGCAAAGAAGAAGAGAAAUCUUCCAGGCAAUCCAGACCCAGAAGCAGAAGUGAUAGCAUUAUCUCCAAGAUCCCUGUUGGCAACAAACAGGUUUGUGUGUGAGAUCUGUAACAAAGGGUUUCAGAGGGAUCAGAACCUUCAAUUACACAGGAGGGGUCACAAUUUGCCAUGGAAGUUAAAGCAAAGGAACAAGCAAGAGGUGGUGAGGAAGAAAGUGUAUGUUUGCCCAGAAACAACAUGUGUCCACCAUGAUCCCUCUAGAGCUCUUGGGGACCUCACUGGGAUUAAGAAGCACUUUUCCAGGAAGCAUGGUGAGAAGAAAUGGAAAUGUGAAAAGUGCUCUAAACGCUAUGCUGUUCAAUCAGAUUGGAAAGCUCAUUCCAAGAUUUGUGGUACCAGAGAGUAUAGAUGUGAUUGUGGAACCCUCUUUUCAAGGAGGGACAGUUUCAUCACUCACAGAGCUUUCUGUGAUGCUUUAGCAGAAGAAAGUGCCAAGUCAAUGACAUCUUCCAACCCACUCAAUAUUCUUCCCUUACAUCAACAACAACAACAAACCAUCCAACUUAACAACCUUAAUCCUAUUAAUCCACUUCUUCAUCACCACCACAACAGUACUAAUACUGCUGGAGUUUUCUCACUCAAAAGAGAGCAAUUAGAUAUACAACAACAACAACAUGGUUUCAACUUCAGGCCUCCAGUACCUCCUGAAAUGCCAGCUUGGCUUGCCAACUUGCCGGCCGCCGUCGCUGAGCCGGCCGCCAACCCUAACCCUAAUUCUCAUGCAUAUGCGAAUAUGUCGGCCACAGCAUUGCUUCAGAAAGCAGCUCAGAUUGGGGUCACAAUGAGCAACAAACCAGCUUCUGAUAUGAAUAUUGGGUUGUUUAGUUCAGCUGGUUCUAGCCUGAACUUGUCCUCAUCAGUACUUGAAGAUUUAGGAGAUAAUAAUCGUGGGUUCUUCCACAAUAAUCAGCUUGGGUUGGCUUCAUUUGAGAAUAAUAAAUCUCUUGGUCAAACUGAUAAUCAUCAUCAGCAUCAUCAUCAGCAUGGAGGCGGAGGAGCUUUCAUGGGAUUGAUGAGUUCUUUUACCUCAUCAGGAAACCAUAAUGGUGGAGGAUUUAUUGAAGGAAUAAUGUCACAAAGUCCCUUUGGAGAUAAUCAGGAAUUUGAUGGCGGCGGGAUGGUGAAUUCCAAGAGAGACAUUAGCUUCCAGACUGAUCAUGGAAGUAGUAAUAAUAAUAAUAAAAGGCAAAGAGAUGAUCAUAAUGGCGACGGUGGAGGCGGCAGCGUCGGCGGUGCCGGUGGUGGUGGUGGUAACAAUGGGAAUAAUGAUGGGUUGACGAGGGAUUUUUUGAGUUUAAAAGUGUUUCCGCAAAGGGAGUUCAUUAGUAUGGAUGAUCUUCAUCAUCAAAUGGCGGGUUCAUCUUUUGAUCAUCAGAAUCCACCUCCAUGGCAGAGUUAAUUAAUUUGAUAAAGAUAACAUACAACAUUAUUUUGGCUGUCUUUAAUACAUAUAUUCCUCCCGUUGUUGUCAAAUCUUUUUGCUCUCUUAUAUAUUUGUACUACUACUACAGCCUCAUCUUUCAACCAGAUUCAAGAUGUCCCAAGUAUCAUGAUAAAUAAUUUGUACCAUUAUUGGAAAAUGUAUCAUAUUAUAGCAUAACAUUUUUUUGGCGGGGAUUACUGUUGUGUCAUUUGAAGAAUUCAUUUUCUUGUUUUUAUUACAGAGGAUCAAAUGUAAAUUUGGAGAGUGAGAGGAGAUUUUUUUUUAAAAAAAUGGAACAUGAAUAAUGGC